UUAUUUUGCCUCAAAUUUUUUUUCCCAUUUCUCCAAUUUCCAAAUUCUCUCUUCGCAUUUCUCAAAUUCCCAAAUUCUCGUUCCGUGCCGCCGGUGUCCUGCUCUGCCACCGGUCGCCCUUGCUCCGCCGCUAGCUUCCUGCUCCGCCAGCAACAGCUUUCCUUUGGUGAGUAGCAAGGUUGGCUGGAUUUUCUCCAAUUCGUCCGAUCACAUUUCUCUGAUUUUCUGCUGAGCUUGCUUUUUGGAGCCAUUUUUCGCACUGCAGGUUACAAAGUAUGGUGGAUGUACUCGACGAUUCCAACUUGAUUCAUGAUCCAUUUUUCACCGAGGCUGAUAGGUGCCUCGUUUUGGAAAAGCCGCAAUGCAUUCUGAAAGUGCGAGAUCAGGGUUAUUCAGUUGCUAGUAGAGGACGAUCCUGCCUUGGUUCUCCGCAGGAAUUUCUCGAUUAUAUCCAUCAUUACAGCCGUCCUGAUUUUCUGGAGCCGGGUCCAUAUAGAGUUCCAGCUGGUGGUUUUAGAUGUAGUUAUUGGACAGCAUUUGAAUAUGUCAUGAACAAUGGCCUGGCUCCAGUGGAUAUUUAUCCAUGGGUUGGUUCUGUGUGUACGUCUAGAGAUGUAGUUGCUGACUGGGACGAUAUUGUUGAGGUUGGAGGACAUCAAUUUACAUACGAUGAAAAAAUUCAUAUCGAUGACUAUAGGUAUCUUGAGGAUGGGGAAGUUGAAAUGAUGUUGCAUGACCAACCUGUGACAGGAGGACUCAAAAUUCCACUUGAAUUCAACGAUUGGAAUAGUCAGGAUAUUUGGAGAGGUGGAUUUGAAUUUGAGGAUGUUGCUCAUGCUUUAACCAUUGUUGGAUAUGGCCGUAAGGGUGAUGACUGAUAUUAUAUCUGUCAAAACUCAUGCGGCGUCGAAUGGGGGUACAAAGGUUACUGCAAGGUUUUAAGGGAGUUAAUGUCAGAGACGUAUGUUCCUCUUAACCCCAGGAGUCCAGUCAACGCUUAGAAGUAAGUAAUUAAAAAGAUCUGAUUAAUGGCGUGGUCAUGUGGAGAUUUCGCGAAGAACUCAAGCAGGAGCGCAUGGAGUAGAGAAGAUGACAGAAGGGGUUUCGCAGGGUGAUAUGGUGGAUCUUUUGGUUCUGGAUUAGUUACUGCCUACUUUUGAUAAUCUUAAGUGGGUUGGAUAUUGGAAACCGAGCCCCUCAUUUUUACUAUGAAAGGUUGUAGAGACUAGUCUUAUAUUGUUGAUUUGAGAGGAGGGAGUAUAAUUUUUCUAAAUGAGUACAUCUAGUAAGCUGUGGUCACAGAAAAAAAUAAUUACAGAGAAGAUAUAGGUAAGAAAUAUGAUAAAAGUUGUCCAUCCAUUUGUUAACUAGAUGGGGUCCUUGUACCUCCUUCAUGAGUCGUCAAUUGUAAGUAAUCUACAUGCACAAGGCGCGAAUACUUAAUCGACAUUUGAAGUGGUCUAUCUACAUGCAAAGCCAAUUGUAAGUGUUGUGGA